GAUGGUUGGGGGCGACCCCACCUCCACUCCAAGUACCAGCAUGGACACUUCAGAGCCCAGUUCAACAAGGCAGGAGGAGGAGGAGCAAAGCGGGAGCGAGUGUGCUGAGGUGGAGGAAGGCACCCCAGAAUCCCUAGAUGCAUGCAGCCAUAAGCUAGUCUCAAGCCAGGAGGAAGGUAGCCAGUCAUGGCGGCCGGUGCUUGGGGAAGGACAAACAUCAGAGGAGGUUCCCGAUGCAACCUUGAGAUCUCAGCCGUCUUUGUUAACACCGGCCGAAAGACACCAAAGAAUCAGAAAGAGGCCACGUAGAAGCAAGGAAGACAUGUUGCAUGAAGUAAUGCAGCAUUCAAGUAAUGAAAAUCAAAAAGUGCAGGAGUGGCAGGAGAGUGAAAGGAGGAUCCGCCAACAGAAUGAGGAGCGCCGGCACAAAAGUGCGGUCCUCUGGCAGCAAAGCACAGGAUCGGCAGAUAAGCAUAAUGGAGCUCCAAGCAGACUCCAUCCAGGCACUCGUAGCCAUGCAGGCAGAGCACUACUGUGUCCACCCGCCCUUGCAGCCCUUGUCCCUAAACUCUUUCUCUUGUGCCCCCAUUUCACCUCCAACUCACUUUCCCCAACAUCUGGGUUCUUACCACCACCAGCUGCCUCCAACACCUGUAGCUUCACCACCCAGCCCUGAAAACUACGACCCUUACCCACUGCACUCAACC